AUGAGACCACCGGGCGACAGCGACGACCAAGCAAUUCUUAUUUGGACUGAGGUCCAACCACUGUUUCGGGCCCCACCAAGACACGAGCGAUCUGUGUGGGGACGGGUUCGGGGAAGCCCGGACACGAUUCUUCUAAUAACAACAUGGAAGAGCACCUUGAAUAUAACCGAAUUUAUAGCCUCACGUCUAGCCCAGAUCUAUCGGGAGAAUUUUGAGAGUGGAGGAAUGAUACAUAUGUCCUCUUGUGAGGCAUUUUCUCGAUAUGGUUUUCGGAUCUACAGACUUCCACACCUCCUACGGUCAUACGUUCAAUUGUUCUGGGUUUAUUUUCUGACACCUCUGACCCAAGCCUACAAGGCCCAGAUUUUUAAACUGACAUGCAUCUGUACCGGGUCACAGCCCUAUUUGCCUUGA